GAUGCUUGAGGCUCGAUUCGGCUAUCUUGAAUUCAAUGAAAUACAUGCCCACAUGGCGACCGGGACAGGUAGCCUUGAGAUACUGAGACUAGUUCUCGACAGAUGUUCAAUCACUGAGGCGACUCGAUCCCUUUUAUUGCAAGCCGCAGCCAGGGGAAGCUUGGCAGUAAUGAAACAUCUUCUGACGUUAAAUCACCCUGGUAUAUUUAAGGAAAUACUGAUCGAAGCAUCGGGUAACACCCAGUGUACUACUGACAUGCUAAAACGCCUCUGGAAGCUCGCCCCUUAAGUUGAAUUGUAUCGGGAGAUGUUUAUGAACGCCGCAGAUCGGCAAUAUUUAGAGUUAACAGAUUUAGAAUUCCUGAUUGCCUAGGUGAAAGAUGCGAA